AGUAAAUGUUUUGCUUUUAUUUUAGGUGUACUUGAAGGCACCUAUGAUUCUCAAUGGUGUCUGUGUAAUCUGGAAAGGCUGGAUAGAUCUACAGAGACUGGAUGGUAUGGGCUGCCUGGAAUUUGAUGAAGAGAGAGCACAGCAGGAGGAUGCAUUGGCACAACAAGCAUUUGAAGAAGCUCGAAGAAGAACCCGUGAAUUCGAAGACAGAGACAGGUCUCAUCGGGAGGAAAUGGAGGUGAGGGUUUCACAGCUGCUGUCAGUAACUGGCAAGAAGACAACAAGACCCUAGUCCUGGAUCCAACCUAGGAAGUGGCGACGAUCUCAAACUACGUUAAUCAGCAUCAGCAGUGCCAUGGGUCUGCAACAUACAUUGCUUCUACUUGGCAAAGGAUUGAAUAAAGACCAGAAACUGUGAUAACUGGGUAUAUUAUGGUCUGUUUCCUGACCUGCGGCAGUCAGAACCACCGUGAACUGCCAUGGUUUGCACUAUGUUUAUGUUAUGAUACCUGCAUUUCCCAUGUUAAGCAUGUAGCCAGUGGCAAUUUGAAAUUUUGUUUUUCUAUGCAAACUUAUUUUUGUUGGCACUAUUUUAGUGAAAUGGAAACUUAUGCAGCUAUAAAAACAUUUUUUUUCUCAACUGUAAUAAAAAUUGUCACUUAAAAAUAGGUCAAGAUAUUACAGAUUAAAAACUUUUUUUUUUGUUUCUGUUA